GGAGGUCGGUGUUCGGCUCCAAGCGCUUUCCAGCCCCGGGGUCAGCCGCCGCCUCUUCUCUCCCCCUCCCCCUCCCCCUCCCCCUCCCCGGGAGGCCGGAGGAAGCCUCCAGCCUCGGCUCGCGGAGGGACAGAGGAGCCCUGGGCGGGGAGGUCCUGGUCCCGGAGGCGGGGCAGCCCCCGCCCCCGAUGACGUCAUGCACGUGGGAGCGAGGCGAAGCGAGGAAAUCGGAUAAACCCACUGAGGAUGUCCGAGAACCACGACGAUAAGCCUCACCCAAGCGAUUCAGAGCAAGUCCUAGAAGAUGGUGUAGAGGGGACUGACGAGUCCGUCCGGAAGCGAAUCCGGCAGAGCACUCCCAGCCCUCAGAGACUGCCCAGACCACAGUCUAGUCCUCCUCGAUUUGUGUCAGUGGAUGAACUCAUGGAGACGGUCAAAGGAGUUACUAAUAUGGCAUUGGCCCAUGAAAUUGUAGUGAAUGGGGACUUCCAGAUAAAACCAACAGCACUGCCAGAAGACAGCUUGGAGAAGAGAGUCAGGGAGAUUGUUCAUAAAGCCUUCUGGGAUUGCUUGAGUGUCCAACUAAGUGAAGAUCCACCAACUUACGACCAUGCCAUCAAGCUUGUUGGGGAAAUCAAAGAGACUCUCUUAUCUUUCUUGCUGCCCGGUCACAGUAGAUUGAGAAACCAGAUCAGCGAAGUCCUCGAUCUGGACCUGAUAAAGCAGGAGGCAGAGAAUGGAGCCCUGGACAUUUCCAGGCUGGCUGAAUUCAUCAUUGGGAUGAUGGGAACACUCUGUGCCCCAGCUAGAGAUGAGGAGAUUAAGAAAUUGAAGGACAUUAAAGAAAUAGUUCCCCUUUUCAGGGCACUGUUUUCCGUGCUAGACCUAAUGAAGGUAGACAUGGCUAACUUUGCUGUCAGUAGCAUUAGGCCGCAUCUCAUGCACCAGUCAGUUGAAUAUGAAAGGAAGAAGUUUCAAGAAUUUUUCGAGAAACAACCAAAUGCCCUGGACCUGGUCGCCCAGUGGCUGCACGAGGCCUCAGAAGACCUUGUUAACCAGAGGAGCCGGAACUCCCUGAUGGCGGGGGAGGGAGCGGCGGGCUCUGAGGAGACGGCCAUGCUGUGCCCGCUGACUGUCCAGAAUCACGCCUACAUGAAGCUGCUCAAGUGGGAUCACGCACACCGGCCCUUCCCCGAAACCGUCCUGAUGGACCAGCCCCGCUUCCAGGAGAUGCAGCAGGAGCUUGAGAGACUCUGCGUGGUGGGGGCGACCUUGCUGGUCACUUACAGCGCCUCUGCCCCAGGAGUGUCCAGCCUAGCUGGCUUUGCUGAGAAGCUCAAGAUGGUCGUCCAGGUCCUGCUGACAGACAUGCAUCUGCCUUCCUUUAAUCUGAACGAAGCCCUUGCCACCGUCGGGGAGAAAGUGUGCGUGGAGGUGGCCGGCUGCCUGGCCCAGUGUGGAUUCACCCCUUUCAGCGCCGACAAGGAGAUCGCCCUCAAAGGACAGAUCCAAGCGAUUGCCAGCCCCGAGGACCCCAUCCGCAGGCUUGUGGAUGCCAGAAUCCAGGCCUUCUUGGAGGCUCACCUGGCCUCUGGCCUCCAGAAGUCUCUCCCUGCCGUUCCUGGGGGCCUGGGCCCCGUCCAGAAGGAGUUGGAGGAGGUGGCCGUCAAGUUUGUGCGCCUGGUCAACUACAACAGGAUGGUUUUCAGCCCCUACUACGACGCCAUCCUCAGUAAGCUAUUGAGGCCGGAGGGCCCCCGGGGGUCGUUCAGCUCGUAGAGGCCCCCACCAGCAGCAGCCGCAGCGCAGUGUUCUUUAGUUGGCUACCAACCCCUGUUCUCUCCCGUAUUGUUGCUUUGGAAAAUGGCUUUCUCUCUAAUACAUUCCUUUCUCAGCAUUGACUCUA